AUGAUUCGUUUUAUAUUGAAACCACCAAUAAAUAGUAAUUGUUUAAAAAAUAGUUUUUAUAUAAAAAGAUAUUAUUCAUUUGAAAAUAAAAAAAAAUUAAAUAAUUAUAAAAAUAAAUCUAUUAUUAAUAAUAACAAUAAUAGUAAUAACAAUAAUUAUAAUUAUAAUAGUGGUAUUAAUAAUUACAAUAAUAAUAGUAAUAAUAAUAAUAAUAAUAAUAAAAACAAUAAUAAUAAUUUAGAAAAUAAUAAUAAUAAUAAUGAUAAUGAUAAUGAUAAAAAUCAAGAUGAAAAUGUAAAUAAUAAUAAUAAUAAUUUAGAAAAUAAUAUUGAAAUUGAAAGAAUUAAAGAAGCUAUUUUAAAAAAAUACCUUGUUAAAGGGUUUAGUGGUUCAAAUGAUUUUUCAAUACUAGAUUCAAAAACAAGUUAUCAAUUUUCAAAUUUAAAUGAACUAAUUCAAGAAAAUAGAGUUAAUUUUGGAGAAUGUUUAAUUUUAUUUGAUAAAAUUACACUAAGAGAUGAUAUUAAAUUUUCAAAUGUUUAUAACAACUUCUUUUCACUCAUCAUUAUGAAAGGUUUAAAAGAAGGUAGUAUCCAAGCAACCUUUCAUUUCUUUCAAGAGAGAAUUCAUCUUGCUCAAAAUUUUGUUUUCACUGAAGAAUUUUCAUUCAUGAUGAUAGAAUUUUAUGAAUUUGAAAAAAAGCAUACUAGUAAAUACAACAACGAUGAUAGCAUUAACAUUAAUAAUAAUAAUAAUAAUAUCGAUUCACCACUUGCCUAUUUUAAUAAGCCAUUUAGAAAUACAUUGGAUGUGUUAUUUAAACAUCAUUUAGUAAAUGAAAGAACACUUGUAUUAUUAUUUAAAAUAGCAUUAUCAAAUGGAAAUUUAAAACUAUUUGAUUUUCUAUUUAAUUACUAUAUAAAGAGUGCAGAAAUUCUCAAUAAAUAUUUAACAUCAAAUGAAAUAGCUGAAAAUGGAAAUCAAGAUUUUAAUAAUAAUAAUAUUUAUAAUAAUAGUUAUACUAUUAAUUAUAUUAAUAAUAUAAAUAUUAAACAUUUUGAAUUAAGUAAUGUAUAUCUAUUAGCAUUACCAAAUAAUUUACAUGUUAGUUUAAUUCAAAGAAUGAUAUUAAAUGAUGAAUAUGACAAUGUUUUAAAAGUAUUAGAUAUUGCAUUAAAAAAAGGUACACCAGAAAUUAUAGAAUGUUUCCAAUCGAUUUUGAAAAUUUGUAAAUAUAAAAAACAAGAUCCAACCAAGUAUAUAGAUGUUUUAUUUAGAAGUGAAUACAGAGAACAAUUGAAAAACUAUUAUCCAACAUUACUAUAUUUCAAUCAGACCACACAAAAUAUCGAAGUUUUCAAUCAUCUAUUCGAUUAUAUAUCAAAUUAUAAAGAUUCAAAUAUAAGACAUGAGAUCUUUUCAUCCAUGGUUUUAACUUCACUCUAUCAUAGUAGAUAUGAAUUGGCAUUGGAUUGGUAUUAUCAUACAGUAUAUAAAUGUAAAUUUGAAUCAACUUAUUCAAUCCAUAUUUUCAUUUUCUAUUCAACCUAUUUCAAGAAAAUACCAUUUCUUCAAAGAUUUUGGUCAAACAAAUUGGAGAGUCAAAUGAAUUCCGAUGAAUAUUUUACAAAGAUAAAAUUAAAAUUUGAUUCCUUUCAACCAAAUAUUUCAAAUAAUAUUAUAUUUUCAUUAUUACCAAUAAAUGUAUUUUUUAAAAAUCAAAAACCAUUACAUAAAAUUAUUUCACCAAAACCUAAAGUUUUACCAACAUCAUUCUCAUUUAAACGUAAUAUAAAAAAUGAUCAACAACAACAACAACAACGACAACAACAAAAUGAAGAUGAACAAGAUGAUGAAGACAGAUUAGAAGAGGAAGAAGAAGAAGAAGAAGAGGAAGAACAAGAAGAAGAAGAAGAAGAACAAGAAAGAGAAGGAUUAAAUAAUGAAGGAUUUGAAGAUUUUAUUAAUAAUAAUACUAAUUAUUAUAAUAAUAAUUAUUAUAAUAAUAAUUAUUAUAAAAAUAAAUAUUUUAAAAAUGAUUAUUUUAAAAAUAAAUAUUAUUAUGAUAAUAAAAAGGAAAAACCAAUUAAAAUUGAUUUAGCAAUUUCACGAAGUAAAAAUAUACAUUCAAUUAAAUUUAAUGAAGAAUUAAUUUUUCAAAAGAUUAUACUUACAAGUAGAGAACCAAUUAAAUUAGAAACUGAUAGAUAUUUAUUCUUUUUAUGUACUUGUUCAACCGAUUUAGAAUUUAUUAGAAAUUAUGUAGUUGAAAAUUAUUUUAAAACCAAUAGGAUCUUACCAAAUGAUUUAUUGACUAGAAUAAUGCAUAUAUUAAAGUUGGAUCCUUUUAUUUACUUUAAAGCAAUAAAAGAUGCGCCAGAGUAUUACAGAUUCCUGAUGUUUGAUGCUGGCGUAUUUAAUAAUCUAUUGGUGAAAAAUUUCGAUCAAGUCAUUGAAUUUAUGAGUGUAGAUAAUAGCUAUUAUAUUUCAUCGCCUCAUUUUCAAAAAAUCAUUUACCGUGCAUUAAUUAAUAAAUACCGAGAUGAGAGAUCAAUUAAUCUAUCAAAUGGAAUGCUAAGAACAAUGUUUAAGAAAGGCUUCGACUUGGACCCUAUCGCCGAUAGCAUUGGCCAUUUCGCACGUUAUAAUAAUUUACAAAUUCCUAAAGAGGUUUUCGAUCAUUUAUUCAAGAAAAUGAAAUAUCAAAGAAUUACCUCAUUUCAUAUAAUUAAUUUAAUCCGUGACCAAAAGUUCAAAGAAGCAUUGGACUUUUUGGAAGGAUCUCCACGUGAUCUCAUUGAUACAGAUACAAAGAAACUAUAUUUGGAACAUGUUUUCCCGGUGCUUUAUCCGCUAUCGGAUCUGGAUAAUGUGACUGUCUGGUUUGACAUUUUAAGAGAUAACCCAGAUAAUAAAAUUAGAAACAAAAUUGGGUUCUUUAAUUUUCUAUUGGUUGAUUUGGCUAAACAUGGACAAAAAGAUAUUAUCAUUUCAUUGAUUGAAAAAGAUAGUAGAAUCAUGUCAAAUAUAAAUCAAAAAACUUUAUUUAUUAUUUUAUCUCAAUUUGAUUUACAAUUACCAAAAAGAAAUCAAUCGAAAUUAAUUGAAAAUUCAAAUAAAAUAAUCUCAUUUUUUAAAGCUUCAAGAGUGUACGAACAAUAUCAUGAAGAUGUUGUUAAUUUAGUUUCAAAAGCAAAUGAAAUAGUUAAAGAUGAAGAAAUUAUGAAAUUUUUAAGUGAUUCUCCAAUAAGUGAAUUUCAACCUCCAAAAUUAAAAAAAGAUCCAAUUUCAAUAUCUCAAAAUUCAAUUGAUUUCAUUGAAAAAUAUUAUAUUGAUGAUGAAUUUAAAUAG